AUGGCCACCGAUAAACCAAUCAGAAUCGGAGUGAUGGGUUGCGCGGACAUCGCUCGGAAAGUCUCUCGUGCGAUUAACCUCGCUCCCAACGCCGUUAUCGCCGCCGUGGCAAGCCGCUCCUUAGAGAAAGCCAAAUCCUUCGCCUCCGCAAAUGGCUACCCUGAAUCGACCAAAAUCCAUGGCUCCUACGAAUCGAUUCUCGAAGAUCCAGAGGCUGACGCUCUCUACGUUCCUCUACCCACCAGCCUCCACGUCGAAUGGGCUAUACGCGCCGCCGAGAAAAGGAAACACAUCCUUCUUGAGAAGCCCGUCGCCAUGAACGUAGCUGAGUUCGAUAAGAUUGUCGCGGCUUGUGAAGCUAACGGCGUUCAGAUUAUGGAUGGUACUAUGUGGGUUCAUAAUCCUAGAACCGCUAAGCUCAAGGAGUUUCUCUCCGUUCCAGAACGUUUCGGCCAGCUCAAAUCUGCACAGAGUUGCUUCUCAUUACCUGGAGACGAAAAUUUUCUAAAAAACAACAUCCGUGUGAAACCGGAUCUUGACGGGCUUGGUGCGCUUGGAGAUACUGGAUGGUACGCAAUCCGAGCAACCCUUUUAGCCAACAACUUUGAGCUUCCCAAAACCGUCACUGCCUUUCCCGGCGCUGUCCGAAACGAGUCAGGAGUGAUUCUCUCCUGUGGAGCAUCACUGAGCUGGGAAGACGGAAAAACCGCAACCAUAUACUGCUCCUUCUUGGCAGACCUAGCAAUGGAUAUAACCGCCAUUGGAACAAAAGGUACACUUCGUGUUCACGACUACAUUCUCCCGUAUAAGGAGACGGAGGCAUCGUUCAUCACAAGCACUAAAGCUUGGUUCAAUGACCUCGUGACUGCGUGGGUUGAUCCCCCGAGCGAACACACGGUUAAGACAGCUUCCGCAAGAAGCGUGUAUGUUGGAGAAAUCAAGAACAAAGGUGCAAAGCCUGAUGUGUUUUGGCCGAGCAUUAGCCGAAAGACACAGCUAGUGGUUGAUGCUGUGAAAGAGUCGCUUGACAAAAACUAUGAACAGAUUAGUCUCUCUGGUCGGUAA